AUGACAAGGGAGCAAGAUAGCACCGAGUACUGGUGUGUCUGCCAGUUCUAUUGCCAUGGAUUGCGGACAAAUCUACGUUCUCGAUCUGCGUGGUACCGGCACCUGCAAAAGGCUUCCACAGCAGAAGAAAAAACUGAGAUACGAGCAGCACAUCUUUCAGAUAGGUUUCGCACAUCAGUAGCUCUGCCGGCUGGGCCAUCUUCGUCAAAGCAACCAAACGAUCAUCGUGACUUUGAUGAUUUGGAUAACCCACCUCGAAAACGUAUGCGUGAUGAUGCAGAGGUGGAUUUCGAAAAUUUUCGACCCGACAACUCUGAUCUUAAUGGUCCCCCAGACGAGCCUCGCCUUCCCCCAGAUGAGCCUCGCCUUCCCCCAAACGAGCCUCGCCUUCCCCCAGAUGAGCCUCGCCUUCCUCCAAACGAGCCUCGCCUUCCCCCAGAGGAGCCUCGCCUUCCCCCAGACGACCCUCCUCUGCCCCCAUGGCAAAACCCUCUGAAAGAACUUGACUUUGAUCAGCAGUCUGCUCGGCUUCCGCACCUUCAGCUGGGGUUGACUGGAGAUGAUCUAGAGUGGUUACGAAAUCCACCACAAACACCAUGCCGCAUUGAAAAUCCAUGCGACGAACUUGCCAUCUCGAUGUUUUUAGCCCUCGAGCAUUCAUCUGAAGCAGCGUACUCGAACAUCCGAGCUGCAGUCAAAAAACGGUAUCCUGAUUCAGAAGUCCCAAGCCUUCACAGUGUCAAGAAGAUGAUCGCAGAUCUCACCGGUAUCAAGUCUAUCAUUGACCACAGAUGUAUCAAUUCCUGUGGAGCCUUUGUUGGCCCUUGGGCUGACCUUGAUGCCUGUCCAACAUGUGGAGAAGCUCGUUACGACGAGAAAAAGCUCGAACGCAGCCAUGGUCGGCUAAAAGUUCCUCGCGCGGUGUUCCAGACCAUUCCGAUUGGUCCCCAACUCCAGGCAUUGUGGCGCGAACGAGGGAGCGCACAACGUAUGAGGUACAGGAACGAGCAAACACAACAAAUAUUCGACGAGAUUCGUCGGAACGAUGGUUUUGUUGAUGCAUAUGAUGAUAUUCUCACUGGGACAAGAUGUCCGAUUGCUGGAUUUAUAUUUGGAUUAUCGUCGACCACUCUCCUGAUCCUUGAUGAGGUCGCAGAGGAGAUGGCUCGUCUACACCCUAUUCUUGCCUUAUGCGAAAACGGGUGGAAGGUACAUGUGAUCGCAACAGAGCGGUAUCCCUCGUGGACGGCUACACACCUGGACAAGAAAAAAAGGAAGGUCCAUGCCACAGGAUUCGACUGUAACGAUCGUGACUCAUCGAAACGACGGAAUGUAUCUGGGUCUACCGAGCCCGAGUCAGAUGGAUUGAAGUCUCAAAUCACUGCUAACGAGCCUACUGAUUCCCUCUCCGAGUCCUUGAAGGUGAAACAGGACACCCUGCCGAAAGAUGCUACCGUGACUCCCACCCUCAAUCUGCAGAAUGGUUCAAAAAGCGAUAUCGGCACUUCUGAGCUGGAGCGACGGUCUAAUGAUCCACCACAGCCACCAUGUAUUGAAGUGUCGACUACGUUGUCUCUUCCUGUGCCCUGUAUCUCAUUGAUUAGCGCCGAUGAUUCGAACGAAUCUCCAGAAGCCUCAUCCCAUGCAAACACAGCUAAUUCGACCCCUCAAGAUACUAGUAGUGGUGCCAAGGCCACGUGCGAGAUUUCGUUCCCAAUAAUAAAAAACCCUCUCGCAAAGCUUGCGGGGCAAAAACAUCAAUCUGUUGUCCCCAACCCUGUAGCUCCUCCACCCUCCGUGUCCACCUCAUCAUCCGCAUCCACUUUGCCACCUACUGCACCCUCCACGUCAGCCAUUGUUGAGUCCAUAAGUGGCAAACGAUUUCGACCUGGCACAUCCAAGAACGGAAGGUCACUCUGUGUGCACCGCUGGUUGAAGCAGCUCGCUACUACUACAAACGGCUCGUCGGCGGACUUCAGGAUCUACUGGUCCGGCUUGACAAAGGACAAGCAAUUGGCAUACGAGACUGAUGCGCUAAAGCUGGUUAGCGACGACAUAUGGAACGGCAAUACUGUCGACAUCAUCAAUCGAUUCUCCAGCGGUGCGCUAUAUUAA